GUUUUCAAUAAAUAUCUAUUUUUGCUAUGAGUUUAGUAUUCAUCUAAACUACAUCAAGAUGAUUCUAAAGACGGUGGGAUUAUUGAUAUUAUUAAUUUCGUUGUGUGAAUGUAAAACGGCGCCCACUCGACAUGAAGUCAGAAAAUUCCCCGAAGGGUUUCUAUUUGGAACAUCCACGGCAGCAUAUCAAGUAGAGGGUGGCUGGGAUGCAGAUGGUAAAUCGGAAAACAUCUGGGACCACAUGACCCACAAUAACCCAUGCGUGAUAUUCGACUGCUCGAAUGGAGACGUCGCUGGCGACUCUUAUAACAAUUACAAAAGGGAUGUGGAAAUGAUGAGGGAGUUAGGACUCGACUUCUACAGAUUUUCGCUUUCCUGGACACGUAUUCUACCAACUAGUUUUCCUGAUCGCAUUAAUGAAGCUGGUGUACAGUAUUACAACAACUUGAUUGAUGAAAUGCUUAAGUAUAAUAUUCAGCCCAUGGUUACCCUUUAUCACUGGGACUUGCCACAAAGACUACAGGACCUGGGGGGGUGGACCAACCCACACGUAGUUGACUGGUUCGCAGAUUAUGCUCGCGUUGUAUUUGGCCUGUUUGGUGAUAGAGUACAGUAUUGGACAACUAUCAACGAACCUAGAGAAGUCUGCUAUCAAGGUUAUGGAGCAGACACGAAAGCCCCAGCAGUCAAUUUCAAAGGCGUAGGUGAGUAUUUAUGCGCCAAGAAUCUUCUCCUAGCUCACGCUAAAGUUUACCACAUUUAUGAUGAAGAAUUCAGACCGAAAUAUAAUGGAUACAUCUUUAUUUCGUUGAGUGGACAAUUCUAUGAACCGGAGAGUGAGGAAUACACACAAGCUGCCUAUGAAUCUAACCAGUUUGAGUGGGCUAUUUACGCUCAUCCAAUUUUCACGGAAACUGGUGAUUUCCCUCCGAUCGUUAAAGAAAAAAUAGCAGCUAAAAGUGCAGAGCAAGGCUUAUUCAGAUCACGGUUACCCGAGUUCACACCCGAGGAGGUGGAAUAUGUAAAGGGGUCCUCUGAUUUCUAUGGUCUGAAUCACUAUACAACGUACUUGGUGUACAGAAAUGAGUCUGCGAUUGGCCGUUAUGAUGUUCCUUCAUUCUACGACGAUAUGGGUAAUGUGCAUUACCAGCCUGACGACUGGGAACGUGGUGCAUCUGGUUUCCUUAAGGUUAUUCCAUGGGGUUUCUAUAAGCUUCUGACUCAAAUCAGGAAUGAUUACAACAACCCUCCGGUGAUUAUCACUGAGAACGGGUACUCUAGUUACGGAGGCUUGGAUGAUGACAACCGCAUCUCCUACCUGAGGAAGUACAUCAGCGCCAUGUUGGAUGCCAUGGAUGAGGGGUCUGACAUCAGGGGCUACACCGUCUGGAGUCUCAUGGAUAACUUCGAGUGGAUGCGCGGAUACAGUGAACGCUUUGGCUUGUACGAAGUGGACUACGAGAGCCCCGAGCGCACUCGUACGCCGCGCAAAUCCGCCUUUAUGUACAAGGAAAUGUUGCGCACGCGCAGUCUCGACUGGCAUUACGAACCCGACAACAUGACCAUGACAAUCGAUGACGGACAUUGACAGUACAAAUGCGACAAUAAUCUGAAUAAAU